AUGCACUCAUGUGUUAAUCCGUGAUGCUGUAACGUGUAUCGCUUCAUUUUCACCCUAGUGCACAUUUCAACAGCCGCUCAAAUAUAGUCCAUGUGCCUAGCAGGUGGUGUGUAUCUGCCUUUUAUUUGAUAAAACACGAGGAGCUUUCGUGCAUGCGACCGACUGGGACUUCAGACAUAACAGCUCCGUGAAUUUAAUUCCUUAAGAGGAUCGCCAAUACAGCCUGCUUUGUGCGUAAUGUAGGAACCAGACUUCGAGCGAAUAAAAAGCGAAGAGAAGACGGCGAUCGUGAGCGCUGUAAAUGCAAUGUGUAACUGGCCAGGUGACAUGAAGAGAUCUACUUUCUCCCGAAACAUAAUCAUUUUGGCAUUUGUAAUCGCCAGUAUUCGGAGCUCCUUUGAAUCUGACAAAGAUGAUGACGAAGAUCUCGUUUCAAACAAAACAUGGGUUCUGACCCCUAAGGUGUACGAGAGCGACGUCACGCACAUCUUGAACGGCCUGCUGCAGGGUUACGACAGCAAAUUGCGGCCGGACAUCGGAGUCAAACCGACUGUGAUCCAUACUGACAUGUUUGUAAACAGCAUUGGUCCAGUGAAUGCUAUCAACAUGGAGUACACCAUAGACAUCUUCUUCGCUCAGACGUGGUACGACAGAAGGCUGAAAUUCAACAGCACAAUGAAGGUUCUGAGGCUCAACAGCAACAUGGUGGGCAAGAUCUGGAUCCCUGACACCUUCUUCCGCAACUCCAAGAAGGCCGACGCCCACUGGAUUACGACACCCAAUCGUAUGCUGAGGAUCUGGAACGAUGGGAGAAUACUUUACACACUCCGAUUGACCAUCGAUGCGGAGUGCCAGCUUAAACUGAACAACUUUCCAAUGGAUGAACAUUCGUGUCCCCUGGAGUUUUCAAGCUAUGGCUACCCCAAAGAGGAGAUCGUCUACAAGUGGAAGCGGAGUUCGGUGGAGGUGGGAGACACGCGGUCCUGGAGGCUGUACCAGUUUUCCUUCGUGGGCCUGAGGAAUACCACAGAGGUUGUGAAGACCGUUUCAGGCGACUACGUCGUUCUCACCGUUUUCUUCGAUCUGAGCAGAAGAAUGGGAUACUUCACCAUUCAGACAUACAUCCCCUGCACCCUCAUCGUGGUCCUAUCUUGGGUGUCCUUUUGGAUCAACAAGGAUGCAGUUCCAGCUAGAACAUCUUUAGGCAUCACCACGGUACUCACCAUGACAACGCUCAGCACCAUCGCCCGGAAGUCCCUGCCCAAGGUGUCCUACGUCACCGCCAUGGACCUCUUCGUCUCCGUCUGCUUCAUUUUCGUGUUCGCCGCGCUGAUCGAGUACGGAACGCUGCACUACUUUGUCAGUAACAGAAAGCCCAGCAAGAACAAGGAGAAGAACAGGAGGAACCCGGCCCCCGUGGUCGACAUGCGGGCCCGGGCGGCCACGGCCAUCCAGAUGAACAACGCUGUCCACGUGCCGGAGCGUGACGAGGAGUUCGGCUACGAGUGCCUCGACGGCAAGGACUGCACCAGCUUCUUCUGCUGUUUCGAGGACUGCCGCUCGGGCGCCUGGAGACAUGGCCGCCUGCACAUCCGUGUGACCAAGAUCGACUCGUACGCCCGCAUCUUCUUCCCGACCGCCUUCGGCCUCUUCAACCUGGUCUACUGGGUCUCAUACCUGUACCUGUAGCUCAGGACCUCCUGGCCUCACCAUGCAUCCAAAAGACCCUCUCUCUCACACCUAUCCCUCGGCUGCAGAGGAUCGACAGAAACUUCCAGUUUGUAUUUUUUUUAUAAUUCUAUAUCGUUUUUGUUUUGCGUGUUGAGAUAAAUGUUGUAGCAAAAGCCAGGUUAUAAUUUUUAUGGUUAUAUUUAUUGUUUUUAUAUGCUGUAAUUUUUCUUAAAAAAUAGCAUAAAAGUAAGAAAAUACACGUCAAAAGCACAGUGGUGGAUUCCCAGUUCAGACAAACUUAGCAUACAGGCAAAAAAAUCGUGUUGAUAUGCACAGGCAUACUUUCUGCAGGGUUUAACAAACAAAGGGUUUACAAAAAAAAAAUCAUCAAAAUACUGUUUGAUCUUCGCUGCACAUUCGUACUACUGGCUUAUUUGAUAUUCCUGUCAUAUUCUUAUCAUAAUUUCAAUAUUAUCAUGCAUGCAAUCUUUGGAAAAAUACCCCAAAUGCACAUAUUCCAGUUAUUAUCUCCAGUUAUAGUCUCAGUCCGGCUGUUUUAAGGCAGGUACAGGAGGUUCCGUCAUGUAAAUUCAUUGUAAAUAUUUUUUUGUCCUGUUUCACAUGUAUUGCAUGUACAUUCCAUGCUAAACAUGAGAACUUUACUAUAUAUAGAAGAAAAAAAAACCUCUAUUUUUCUUUUCUUUUUUUUAUUCACACAUCUGACAGAUUGUAGAUCAAAUAAUUGUUGGAGAGUGUAUGAAAAUCCCCACACAAAGAUAUAUGCUAUGUUCUAUAUCUAUUUAUGUUACCACAUUCUCUUUCAUCACCGGCCAAGCUUGGUGUCUAACAUAUUUAAUAUUUUCAUAUGGAUGCUUAAUAUAUAAGGUAGAGUAUAUAUAUAUAUUGUACCUUGUUAUUCACAGCCCAUGUAAGACCCCACUAAAUAUGUAAGGAAUGCUACUUUCUGCAUCCUAUAUUCAAGCAUGCAACGUUAUCCAUCCAUUUUCCAUACCGCUUAUCCUUCUGGGUUGCGGGGGGUUUGGAGCCUAUGCCGGAAGCAAUGGGCACGAGGCGAGUAGCAACCCAGGGCAGGGGGCCAGCCCAUCGCAGCAUGCAGCAUUAUAUUGUUACAUUAUAACAUUAUAAUGUUGUUGCAUCCUACAUUAGCUACUUUAGUAUAGCUAGGUUAGCAUCAAUGUGUUUAUUACCAGUCUGCCCUUCACAGCACUUCUCCCGGGAGUGAGCUAGCCGUCCAUGCACUGUAAUACCCUGAAGCUGGGGUUAGUCUCGUGUGAUUGGCGAUCUGCACUGAAACAGAAUGUUUUAAUCGCUAAAUAAUAUGCUUUAUCUGCUAUUGCCGAACGAGGCUGUGACUGUAGGAGUUCUGUCGGUCCCAACAAGCUCAGGCGUCGGGGAAAAUUAGGAAAAGAGGGGCACACUAAUGCGUGGGCCAUCCGUCACUCUUGCCCAUGGCCUCGAUGCUUGUCCCACUGCAGCCUGAAUCGAGUUAUUUCCAAAGGCAAUGUGUCCUUUAAGGAGCCUCUGCAUUGAUUUAAUUAAUCACCCACUUGGAGUUUGGAACAGGCUUUAAAAUGGGACACAUUUGCGGACUGGUACAGCUCCACAAUCUAUAUCUGCCACUACUAAUUCCUCUGUUGUCACCGAGCUUUGGGUCUCUGACGUCACCUGAAUUUGGCAAGUGCACACACACACACACACACACACACACACACACGUGUUAUUUAAAUGUACAUAAUGUGUUUUUAUCUGUCUUUUUGAGAAAUUACCAAUGUUAACUAUGUUACAAGGUUUUACAUGUAAAGCAUAUGGAAAUAAUUUGUAUGUUACAUUUUGUCAAACUGGUUUAUUACUGCUAUUGACAUUCCAGUGCUGGGCAAACUCUUUUUUAAACUAAGUAAUAAAUCAGUUGUUUACUAUCAA